CACAAAGGGAAUAAAAAGAAAAAAGAAGAGAGUGAAUGGGAAAAUAAAGAAAGAGGGAUCAGGCAUUGUCACACUGCGUUUAACAUUUAACCUUAGCCUGCGUUUAUCAUUGACGCCACUGAGUCAUUUUCCGGCCGCCGCCUCCUCCUCCAAAACCCUAAACCCCAAUAAAUAUUAUCACCUCCGGUACCGGAAAUGGUAUGACUAAAAAACGGCUUCUAAAUCUAAGAUCGAUUCAAACCCCUACUAUCGGCGACCGGAGAUAAUGCCCUUGUGGGUUCAACGGGCGUCCAAUAUCUUACUCAUUGCUCGAUUUCAUGGUCUCACUUCUUCAAAAUCUAUCCCUUCAUACGGACCUGGACCUGAGGCGGUUUGGUUUACUAAAGUUGUAUGUCUCCUCUGUUUUCACCAUUCUCAAUCACUUGAUGUAUUCGGUUCUGAUUAUUUUCGUCAAAAUUUGGACCCACAUAUUGCUUUCACCGUUAUUCACCAUAUUAAUACCAAUUUGAAUAACCCCAGAUUGGCAUUUCGUUUUUUACAGUGUACUAGGAUCAAUCUGAAUCUUGUUCAUUGUAUUGGGAGUUUUAAUUUGCUUUUGAGGUCACUUUCUCAGAUGGGGUUUCACGAUUCCGCUAUGUUAGUGUUUAAGUUUAUGAAAGCUGAUGGGUAUUUACUAGAAAAUUCGAUUUUGGAAAGUGUAGUAUUGGCACUUGCAAAUGCGGGCAAGUUUGAGAUUGCCAAAGAAAUUUUGAUUUCACAAGCUGAGUUAGGUAGGGAGGAAGGUAGAAUUGUUAGGCCUUUUGUACAUAAUAGUCUUUUGAGUUUGUUAAUGAAACGAAGUAGGGUAGAUGAAGCUGUUGAUUUUUUCAAACAUCAUAUUUUGAGGUCAGAGAGAUUGUUUCCAGAUACCUGCACUUUUAACACUGUGAUUCGUGGGCUUUGUCGAGUUGGAGGAGUUGAUAAGGCAUUUGAGUUUUUCAAUGACAUGGGAAGUUUUGGUUGUUUCCCUGAUACUGUUACGUAUAACACUCUUAUAAAUGGGUUGUGUUCUGUUGGUCAAGUAAACAGGGCUCGAGGUUUGUUAGGAAAUCUUGAGUUACAAGAUGGACUGUCACCUGAUGUUGUGACAUAUACUUCUGUUAUCGCUGGUUACUGCAAGUUGGGCAGAAUGGAUGAGGCUAUAAAUCUGAUGGAUGAAAUGACUACUUACGGUAUUAGUCCAAAUCUGGUUACUUUUAACAUUCUUAUCAAUGGUUUUGGCAAGAUAGGAGACAUGUUUUCUGCUAUACAAAUGUAUGGGAGGAUGUGUGCUGUUGGUUACCCUCCUGAUGUUGUGACCUUCACGUCUCUCAUUGACGGUUAUUGUCGUACUGGAGAAUUAGAUCAGGGCUUAAAGCUAUGGGAUGAAAUGAACACUAGAAAUUUGUCUCCAAACCUAUAUACUUUUUCUAUUCUUAUCAGUGCUUUGAGCAAGGAAAAUAGGCUAAAUGAAGCUCGGGAAUUAUUGAGGCAAUUGAAAUCGAGGGAUGAUAUUGUCCCCCAACCAUUUGUAUACAACCCUGUGCUUGAUGGGUUUUGCAAGGCUGGUAAUUUGAGCAAAGCAAAUGUCAUUGCAGCAGAAAUGGAGAGCAGAGGGUGUUGCCAUGAUAAAAUCACCUUCACCAUUCUCAUUCUUGGGCAUUGCAUGAAAGGAAGAAUGCUUGAAGCUAUGGCCAUUUUUGAUAAGAUGCUGUCUUUGGGUUGUGUCCCAGAUGAUAUCACAGUAAGUUGUUUGACAUCAUGCCUUCUAAAAGCUGGGAUGGUAAAGGAAGCUUAUAAAGUAAGGCUCACUCCAUCAAAGGACUUGAAUCCUGAUUUAUCAUCUUCAAAGCAAUCUGUACCAUUCCGGACAAGUUUGGAUAUCCCAGUGGCUGUUUAAUUAAAAAAAAAUUACCUGGUUCCUUUGGCACUGCUUAAGGAACAUGCGAAUCGUUGUUCUCUUCAAGUGCUUCAGAACUUGAGAAGAUUGCUUCUGCAUAUUUAUAUCAAGCUCAAGAAGCAUGGUCAUCGUCGUUUCUGUAAGCAACCUUGUUGGCGACAGCCGCUAGGAGUUGUCCCGCACAUCGAGCGCAUAUUGGCAUCUGUUAUAAUUUCGGUCGGCGAUGUAGGUUCUCUUUACUGGGUUUAGACAAGAUCUUCAAAAGUUGUCGGGUUUCAGAAUAUUCUCUUCACAAGCUGGGGCUAUGUGGAGACACGAUGACUGGGGUCGAGGAAGGAAGUGUGCUAUCCUCAGCCCCGAUGCCAAGUGAUACAGAGUGAAGAUCCUAGGGGCAGACAUCUUAUUAACACCUAACAAAGACACAUACUUCCAAAUCAUUUGGGUGGAUACACAAGUUGUCUGGGCUGAGGAGGAAACUUGGCUAUGCUCAUUCCUGAAGCUUUGCAAAUUCACUGUUGAGAUUUGAGGUACAGAAUGCGUAUAUGAUCAACAGGCUAAGCAAGAAAAUUAGUGUUCAUCCGCCUCGUGUACGUUGAUGUGAUGAAAAGUUGUACGUAAGUAACAAUCUUGUUACCACUGGAUAUUGAAAUCAGGCCAUAUACAUAUCCAUUUGAGGCGU